AUGAAUUUAAAACCACCAACAUCAAAAGUAGAAUUAAGAAUUAAAUGUCAUAAAAUCUUGGAUAAAGAUACAUUAAGUAAAAGUGAUCCAAGAGCUUCAGUUUAUGAAAAAGAUCGUGCUGGUCAAUUUCGUUUAAUUGGAAAAACUGAAACAAUUCAAAAUCAAUUAAAUCCAGAAUUUAAAACUCCAAUUGUUAUUGAUUAUCGUUUUGAAGAGAUUCAAGUUCUUAAAUUUGAAAUUCAUGAUGUUGAUAAAAAUGAUGAAGAUUUUAUUGGUGAUGCUAGUUGUACAUUAACAUCAAUUUUAUCAAAACCAGGUCAAACUGUUUGUUUACAAUUAUUAACUAAAAGUGGUAAACAUGCAGGGUCAAUGACAGUUAUUGCAGAAGAAAUUAAAAAUACUUUACAAACAAUUAAAUUCAAUCUUAUUGGUAAGAAAUUUGAUAAAAAAGAUUUAUUUGGAGCUGGUUGUGAUCCAUAUCUUAUCAUUUCAAGAAAAGUACCAUCAACCAAUACAUUUGUUAAAAUCUAUGAAUCACAAGUUCAAAAGGGUACUUUAAAUCCAGUAUUCUCUGGCAUUGAAAUGAAACUUGAAGAAUUAUGUGGUGGUGAUAUGCAAAGAGAAAUUAAAUUUGAAUUUUAUGAUUGGGAUAGAAUUGGUAAACAUGAUUAUAUUGGUGAAUUUCAUACAAAUGCUCAAGAAUUGUUACAACCAAAUCAAGCAUUUAAUGUAAUUAAUUCACAUAAACAAGAGAAAAAGAGUGGAUAUAAAAAUUCUGGAACUGUAUCAGUAUCAGAUGCAGUAAUUGAGAGAGAAUAUAACUUUUUAGAGUAUAUUAUGGGUGGUUGUCAAAUGAAUUUAAUAGUUGGUAUUGAUUGUACUGCAAGUAAUGGUGAUUCAAAUGAUCCAAAUUCUCUUCACUAUAAGAAUGCUCAAGGUUUGAAUCAAUAUGCCAAUGCAAUUUGUUCAGUUGGUAAUGUUAUUGUACCAUAUACCACUACACCAUUGAUUCCGGUCUAUGGCUUUGGUGGUAUUAUGCCAGGUCAAAGCGAGGUUUCACAUUGUUUCCCAAUGACAUUGAAUGCUUCAAAUACAUUAUGUUGUGGUGUGAAUGGUGUAUUGGAUUGCUACUAUGAUAACAUUUCAAAGAUUCAAUUACAUGGUCCAACCUAUUUCGCCCCACUCAUUAAUAUGGCCGCUCGUUACGCUUCUCAAGGCCAAAGCCAAUCAAAUCAAAAAUAUACAAUCUUGAUGAUUAUCACUGAUGGUGAGAUUUUAGAUGCAGAUAAUACAAUCGAUGCCAUCGUUAAAAGUAGUGGUUUACCAUUAUCCAUUAUUAUCGUUGGUGUUGGUAAUGCUAAUUUCACAAAUAUGAAUAUUUUAGAUGGUGAUGAUGCCGCUCUUCAAAGUGGUGGUGUUAGAGCUGAAAGAGAUAUCGUUCAAUUCGUUGCAAUGAGAGAUUAUUUAAAUAGACCAAAUGAAUUGGCUGCUGAAGUACUUAGAGAAAUUCCAACUCAAUUCCUUUCCUUUAUGAAGAAAUAUAAAUUUAGACCAAAUCCACCACCACCACCACCACCUGUUAUAAUUGGUGCUCCUCCACAAUAUGAUAAUCCAACCACAACCACCACUGCUACCUCGCCAUCCACUGGCAUUGACCUUAAUAAAGGUUCCAACGUUGGUUUAAAUCUUACAAAAACUGAAAGUAGUCCUUCACCAUCUGGUGGCGCUGGUAUUGACCUUAAUAAAGGUUCUGUUGUUGAUAUUACAAAAGGUGUAUCAAAUGUAUCAUUAGAAAAGAAUUAA